ACAAUUUGGUCCUCUUUUGCGCGAACGGUUGAUGCUGAGGCAGAGAGGAAUCUGCGCGCGCGGAGAACUCCAGCUUUAAUUUUAACUGCAACUAAAGGUGUGUAAACCCAUCGAGGUUGGAAGUGCAAUGGCGUCCUCUGGAGAUAUUCAGGUUAAGGAACUGGACAAGCGUGCCUCAGGACAGGCUUUUGAAGUCAUCCUGAGUCCUUCUGCUCCAGAUGCCAAGGGAGAAUUCCCACUUUCUACCCCCAAGAAGAAGGAGGUAUCUCUGGACGAGAUCCAGAAAAAACUGGAAGCGGCAGAAGAGAGACGCAAGAACCAUGAGGCAGAGGUCCUGAAGCACUUAGCUGAGAAACGAGAGCAUGAGAAGGAGGUCCUUCAGAAAGCAAUGGAGGAGAACAACAACUUCAGCAAGAUGGCAGAGGAGAAACUUAACCAGAAAAUGGAAGCCAACAAAGAAAACCGCACAGCACGCAUGGCAGCUCUGAAUGAGAAAUUCAAAGAGAAGGACAAGAAGCUCGAAGAGGUACGAAAGAACAAAGAAACAAAAGAGGGGGCAGAGGGUGAAAACUAAGUUUCCUCUCUCAUUUUCCUUUUCAUUUAGGGUAUAGUAUUGGGUUUUUUAAUGUAUCCAAAGAUUUAUUUUUUGUUGCAUUAAAUUGCCUGUUUUCCAUAUUUGGAUCCAUGUACUUGCCACUUUUUUUAUUAAGGGGUUUUGGGGAAAAGCUGGUGCACAACAUUUCAUCAGUUUAUGUGUAUUCAGUUCUGUCUUUUCAUCCUCUCUAACCUGUAGAUUUAUCCAGUUGCAGCUCUAUAGCGUUUAAAAUGAGCAGCGUUUCACUGAUAGGGAAGCAUGCCUGUGUUAUGCAUAGGUCUAAUAUAUACUUGGUAUACUGCAUUGUGCAAGUCCACCUGUUCCCUUGUAUGUCAGUACUGCCAUCCUAUGAGCUUAAUAAAGUUGCACAGUUGUUUGUUAUUGUA